AGCAUGUGAUAAUUUUGAUUUUUAAAUGAUAUCCUCUUCAGUAGCAUUGGUUUAAUUGUAUCUAAUAUUGUAGGCAAUAGAUUCAUUAAAGAGCUAUGGCUCUUAAGAAACAAUUGAGAUUUAUUGCCUAAGAAAUCUGAGAUCGUAGUCAUAGAUUGAUAUGCCAUCUAAAGUAAUUUCCCCAGAAUUAACAUCAUAUAGUCUGAAAAGUAGCUAGAAUAUUGUUGAUUUACCACAACCAGAACAUCCAACUAAACCAACAUUAUGGCCUGCAUCAAUUUUAAUACUUAAAUUUUUCAAAACAAUCAAGUUUGGUCUUUAUGGAUAAGAAAAGAUAACAUUCUUAAAUUCAAUAUUACCAAGAAUGUUUCUUUUAAUUCUUGGAUGUUGUAGUCUCUAUUCUCUUUAGUAUUCAUCUUCAGUCUCUAACAGACUAAAAUAAUAGGCAAUUGAGUUCUUAGUUUUAUUAUUAUCCGAUUGAA